AUGGAUUCUAUUAGGUCUGCUGCUGUACCCGGGACAUUGCUAGCACUAGGCGCAACAUAUAGUCACAAUCCGUUGGUUGUAUCGGUUAUUCUCGCUGUUCUGGCUGGAAUAUUAACCGAGAGAGUCAUUCCAUUGGUAGCACCAAUCUUUAUUAAAGCUGGCCGACAUGGCAAGGAUAUUCUUAAAAAAGAUCAGCCUGUAAUAGCGGAGAGCAUUGGAGCUGUAGUUGGAGUGGCCUACUUUAUAGCCAUGUUCAUAUUUAUUCCAAUCCCCUUUCUUGACUGGUUUCUUCAUGAUAAAUAUAGCGAUCCAAGUGAUCAUCAACCCUUUCCACACGACAGAUUUGCCCAAUUUCUAGGUGGACUGUUGGCAUUACUUGCAAUGUUAUUUUUGGGAUUUGCAGACGAUGUGCUAGAUAUAAGGUGGCGAAUUAAAAUCUGGUUUCCUUUUAUUGCGUCAAUGCCACUUUUGAUGGUGUAUUGUGUGACAUAUGGAAUCACAGAUGUGGUGGUUCCUAUUCCGCUGCGACGGUUUUUCCAAAAAGAGAUUGUGCAUUUGGGCAAGUAA